AAGAAAAGAUCGAGAGAUACCUUAGCACGUGCGCUUGAUCAUCUAAGUCACAACCAAAUUAUAAACAUAUGUAGACAUACGUAGAUAAAAUCUAAUCUACCACAACUUCCAUCUCCAUUCACCAAUUAUAUUAUUAAUAAUCUAUCUCUCUUCCCUGUAGAUUUUGUCUCAAGUCUCAACCAUGGUUGUCCACUUGAUCUCUCUUCUCACACCAAUCCUAGCCCUAAUCAUAAUUCUGUCUCUUCCCUCUCUCAUCAACACUUCCCAAUUGGAUUACGACACUCUAGUUUUCAAACAAUGCGAUUCAUUGGACACAAACAUCCUUCAAAAAACAGCAACAAAAACUCCAAAUUACUCGAAUCAGAAUCUCAUUCUUCGUGCACAAGCCCUUUCUUCUUUCUUACGCAAACUCGAAUCCGAAUCCUCUCGAUCUAAGUUCUACAAGACUCUAGUUGGUAACGAAGAGCACGCCGUCUCUGGAUGGUUCCAGUGCAGAGAAGAUUAUCCGAGUGAGAUAUGCCAUAGGUGUGUUAGUGUUCUUCGUGACAUUUCUUCUAGACUGUGUGGAAAUGCCACGUCAGCUCGUGUUCAUCUCCGAGGAUGUCACUUGAUAUACGAAUUUGAACGUGUUGAGACCCCUAGUGCUCAAGGAGCUAGGAAUCAUCACAACAACCACAAGUUAUUCGAAACCCCCGAACAUGGUCUUAUACACAAGAUAUGCGAUGGAGCAACGGCAGAGACGUUUGCCGGAUUUGAAGAGUUGAAGAGAGAGGCACUCGCUGCAGCUGAAACAGGAGUAGUUGACGGGCACGGGUUCUUUGAGGAUAGUUUCAAGCUUCUCCACGUUGUGGCUCAGUGUGAUGGCCACGUUGAAGCUUGUGAUUGCGGUGAGUGCGUCACUGCCGCGGCUGCUGCAGCGGCAGAACAGUGUCGGUGGUCCAUCGCGGGUCAAAUAUACUUAGAAGGGUGCUACGUCGGGUAUACAUACCACCCGCAUGAAGUUCCCGAUAAUUCAUACCACGAAGAAGAAGGUUCAAAAGUAAACACGGGGGAGUCGUUGGCGAUAGUUGUAGGAGGAGUAGCGGCACUGGUCCUUGUUGCUAUCUUUUUAAUGUUCCUAAAGAGCUUGCGAAAAAGAGGAGAUGGUACGUUAUCAUUAGUUUAACUUCAAUAGAAAUAUGAGUUGACUAAACAAAAACUUGAUUUGAAAGGAAAUAUUCAAUUUUUGCUAUUCCUAUUGCAGAUUGUUGAAGAGAAGGUUUACAUCAUAGAGAUGUGUAAGGGUUUAGUUAAUUUUGGACAGCUCCACACAAGUAUUAAUUACAUCUAGUGAUUCGGAUACGAGAUACAGAAUCAUCACUGACCAAAUCAGACAACUUGUUUUCCUUUUGCUUGCCGUAUUCAUCAGUCUUCUCCCUCAGUUAAACUAAAUAUGACAUCCGACCACUAUUGACAAAAUCAGCCAAACCAAAUCAAUGGGUGACUAAACCACACCCCUACAAAUCAAAGUUUAAUCUCUAUUUUAUACAGAUCCUUCUUUCUACAUCUUCUGGCACUAGAAAGCAUUGACUUUUAAACACAUGCAUAAAUAUGAUUCAUGUCUAUAAAAAAUCUUGUUAGUUCACCAACAUAGGUAGCUGAAAUGGAUAAAGGAACACAAUUGUUGCUAAAUAUUUCCCCAAAAUCGAAUUCGAAUAAGUCAUCGCAAUUAUGUUUGGUGAUGAGUAAAAAGGAAGUUAGACCAAACCAGGAUUUCUAUAUAUUGCUAACAAGCAACAACGAUGGUGAAGUGACCAAAUGUAAAAAACAAACCUGGUUUAGAGAGCUUAACAACCCGUUUGAAGGCUAUUAAAAAGGAAUUUUACUUACACAGAUGGACAAAAAUAUUAAAA